UUGGAAAGUAGGGUUUCUCGACUGAACUACAUUACCUGCUCUCAACGUAGCUUCCUUAGUGUUGUCUUGGUGAGCAUUGCAGUCAGUCCGCUAUCUUCACAUAGUUCUUUCCUAUCCGUGUCCUGUAGAACGUUAAUUAUCCACACACAUUUGACAUGUCAGGCCGUGGUCCUGCUUAUGGUCUGUCUGCCCAAGUGGCAAACAAAAUGGCCGGAAAACGUGAUCAAGCGCUCGAGGCGGACAUACUAAAAUGGAUAGAAGCCAUCCUAGGUGAAAAACUCCCUCCUGGCAAUUUUGAUGACGUUCUGAAGGAUGGAGUUAUACUCUGCAACCUGAUGAACAAAAUGAUGCCUGGAUGCAUUCAAAAGAUCAAUACUUCUGGAGGUCAGUUCAAGAUGAUGGAGAACAUUAACAGAUUCCAGGAUGCAGCCAAGAAAUGGGGAGUUCCUGAGAUCGACGUCUUCCAAACGGUUGACCUAUGGGAGAAGAGGAAUAUUGCCCAGGUUGCCCAGUGUCUUAUGGCCCUCGGCAGAGCAUGUUACACCCAUCCUGAGUGGAACGGACCCUGCUUAGGACCUAAACCUUCUGAAGAGAACAAGCGCGAGUUCACCGAGGAACAGCUCCGAGCCAGUGAAGGAAUGAUCAACCUUCAGUAUGGCACAAACAAGGGAGCUAACGCCAGUGGCCUCAACUUCGGCAACACUAGACAUAUGUGAAGUACAACAUUGCACUCAUAGGAAUCGAUCAUUAAAUACACGCAUAACAAUGUGGCUAAGAAUAACAUAAGAGUCAUAUUUUAGUGAACAAAAUGUACUUCGAAAAAGAUAAAUCUGUUGGAAUAUUCUAAAGUUUGGCAUCUGU